UCGAAGUUCUACUCGAGACCUUCCUCCUCGUAUUCAUUCUCAUCUUCGAUAGUUGCAUCCUGGUAUUGCUGAUACUCUGCCACCAAGUCGUUCAUGUUGCUUUCUGCCUCUGUGAACUCCAUCUCAUCCAUUCCCUCACCGGUGUACCAAUGCAAAAACGCCUUGCGACGGAACAUUGCGGUGAAUUGCUCGCUUACCCUUCUAAACAUUUCUUGGAUGGAUGUCGAGUUUCCAACAAACGUUGAUGACAUCGUCAGGCCCUGUGGUGGAAUAUCACAGACGCUGGAUUUCACAUUGUUGGGAAUCCACUCCACGAAGUAGGAUGAAUUCUUGUUUUGAACAUUGAUCAUUUGUUCAUCGACUUCUUUGGUGCUCAUCUUGCCCCGGAACAUAGCCGAGGCUGUCAGGUAGCGACCAUGACGAGGGUCAGCAGCACACAUCAUGUUCUUGGCAUCCCACAUUUGUUGUGUCAGCUCCGGGACGGUGAGAGAUAUGUAUUGCUGAGAACCACGGGAUGUGAGUGGUGCAAACCCAACCAUAAAGAAAUGAAGACGUGGGAAUGGUAUUAAGUUCACAGCCAACUUCCGAA